CUCUGUCAAAAUGGUGUUAUUAUCGACGUUUCCUUGCCUAAUGGAAUUCGUGCCUCAGAGUAUGGUUUAAAUGUGAGUCUACGUUUUGCACAAAUAAGCGGUAUGUUGUUAUAUGGGGUUUAAAGUUUGGAACUGUGCUACUUAAGACAGUGCCUGCAUGAAAAAGCAUAUUUACGACCAAUAGUUUACGCUCGCCAAACAGGAAAGAACAACAUUUGUUUUGCAAAGAGGGAUUUAUCUUGAAAAAUUGAAGAUGGAUAUAAAGGCUGUUGUCACUUGUUCGUUUAUGUUGAUGUGUCUUAAAACAGUGUUGGGGAACUAUGAAGGCUAUAAUUCCGGGGAAAAACGGCCAUGCCAAUCCAACGCGCACGUGUGCACUUCGCUGAUGCGGUACGCAGACGGUACGGAAGUAAACGAGGGUCCGUACUGCUUGUGUGACGGGUGUGGGGAGAAAUGGGUUUCAGACGACCUGAUGUCCCUCUCCUGGCCACACUAUGAGAGAGCCGACAGAACAGUCCAGUACCGUUUCUGCGUACCCAUCCUUCCCCAGCGCGAGUGUGACCCCGGUGAUCUCGCGGUAACCAUGGGAACAUCCACUAGCGAAUGGAGCCCGCAUGUGCGGGAGGCACGCUGCUCAUGUCCGGAAAACACGUACCAGCUUCUGGGCUGGUGGCGCCACCCGACAUCCAAACACAACAACCGCACUGGACAGUGGAUAUAUGAGUACUUUUGUGAGAAGCCCCAAUGCGAAAGAGACAACGCACUAUGUGCAAAAAUCUACGUGGACCGUUACUCUGGUGACACUGAUCAAAAAGAUCACAUGGUUAUUGGUUACAACUUCCUCUGCGCAUGCUCACAGGGGUUUAAGUGCCCGGAUCGAGAUGAUGAGGAUGACAAGGAGUUACUCGAAUCCGACCACAGAGGGAUAUACGUUGCGAGAUACUGCCAAGAAACGCACAGCUAUUUUAAAAGAUGAAUAAUGGCAAUUGAUCAAUUGAUACAUUUUGAAACCAAAGUGUUUUUCCAAGUAGCAUAUCAUCGAAUGCAAACCAAGUUAGGCGUCUUCUUUGCACAUGUGCCAUAUGCUUACAUCUAUGUUCACUGGUUGGCUAUAGAUGGAUACAUAUUGGAGCAAACGGAUAAUUGUUAGGUAGAGUGUCAUCAAAAACAGACCAACUUAAGACGGCAUCAAGAAGUCAUGUAACCCCAUCAACUUUGAGAGUUUGAACAUUGCACUUUGUGUUUUAAAUAAUCGGUUGAAAAUUGUUAUGCAAUGGCUAGACUUUAGAGAACGGUACCCAGUGAUAAGCCAACGGCUGAGCCAGAGUGUUCAAGAGCAAACAUAUUGAUGUUUUGUCGUAUUUCCUACCCCUCCCUCACCCUACCCCUUCAAACCUUUACAUGUAUGCAUGCACAUUUUCUUACAAUUUCUAUUCACCAUGUACAUAAGUAGCAAUAUGAAUUCUUAAUAAAUAUAUCACUCCAA